GCAGCGCUCCAAGCGGACUUGACCCGAACAUAUGACAUCAUCAACAAAACACAAAGUUAAUUUUUAUUAAUUUUAUAAUAAAUAAAUUAAGUUGUAAACUAUAACUAUGGAUGCUCUGGACAUAUUGGAGAAGCGCAUUGAUGCACUGACACGCGUGUUGGGGCCCCUGCCGGACGGCGACUCUGGUAGCGAUAAAACAGCCAAUGUUGUGGAUUCCCUGUGCUCCGCCAACUCCAUGCUAACUGAAGCCACCACCGGACGCACAGAGCUCCAGAAGUGUGUGGCUCGGAGUGGGGAGCUGGAGAAAUAUUUGGAUCCCAAUUUCCUAGAAGAGCAGCAACAGGUGCGCUCCAAAGAAGUCUACCUCAAUGCAGUGGCUCCCGAUUUGCACUUGCAGGCUGAGCAGCUGGAGAGGAUUAAAAAAUUGGAACCGGCUCUUGGGGCCGAAUACUUUCGCAGCAUUCCCAGCGAGUGUCUGGAUCAAUUGAAACAGAUCACAGCCAACAAUGGCGAAUAUGCCCAGCAGAGUGAACUCAUUGAGGAGAGUCUGAUAUUGGCCAUGAAACGUUAUGGCGAAAUCCAAGCUGGUCUGCUCAAAUCCCUGGACGCCAUGAGUGAGCGUCUGGAGCAGGUGGAGCAACGCAUGGAGCAAAAGAAGAAAGCCGAACUUACCAAGGAUGUGCCGGUAAAGGAAUAACCAAGUUUGAUCAAAAAGUAUUUCCCCUCAAAUUGGAGAAAGUUUUCUUCUGUGAGCAACAUUUUUUAGACAUUUUUUUCCUCCAAUUGUAAGAUUGAUUUUUUAUUACUUAUUUAAUACUUAGCACAAUAAAAUGAAUCUAUCCAUUAAUAAUAAUAAA